AUGAUAUUUUAAUCAAUCACCCUAAUACACCCUUCAUAUAAUCUUAACCACUCAAAUUCAAUUACGAAAACGAAAUAAAGAAAAAAACAAGAUCGGCUUUCAUAAAAAUCAAUUAAAGGUAAUUAGAACUCAUCGAACUAAAGCAAAAAAAUGGUUUUAGAAUAAAAAUAUUAGGAUAUCUUCUAAAAUAAAUAUACUUUAGAUUUAACAUGUAAUAGUUGGAAUUCCUCAAGUAACACAUAAGCAAUGAAUCUAAACUAAUAAAUUACUACCUUUAUUUCUGAAUAAUAAUCAUAAAUUUUAAUCAUUUAUGGAGAAGAUUGCCUAGGGAGGAUUACUUUAGCUAAGCAAACUGAAGAAUUUAUUUGGGAAAAAUAGAAUUAAACAACAAUUGAUAUUCCGAUUAUACUUUUUGUUUAUAUUGAUAAUUUAGAUGUAGAUAAAAUUGAACAAAAUAUUCAAAAGUACUUAAACCUUAAAACAGAAAUAUCAAUAUCCAGGAACAAUAAUGAUUAUCGUUUUCUUUUUCUCAUCAUCAUUUAAGAAGAUUAAGAUACUUAUUAAAUAAUUAAAUCAAUCAAUUAGAUGGUUAAACUAAUAUCAACAUAAGUGUACCCUAAAUCAAAAAUAAUAUGA